AUGACAAUUAAAGUACUUGAUAAAGCCACUGUAAGAAAUUUACAUUCGGGUCAAGUUAUUGUUGAUAUAGAAUCAAUAACAAAAGAACUAUUAGAAAAUUCCAUUGAUGCCAAUGCAACUUCAAUUGAAUUAGUUUUUAUUAAUAAUGGAAUCGAAUCAAUACAAAUAAAAGAUAACGGUGAUGGAAUUGAAGAAAAAGAUAGACUUUAUGUAGCAAAGAGACAUUUUACUUCUAAAUUGACCACAUUUGAAGAUUUAGAAUCUACCUUGACUUUUGGUUUUCGUGGUGAAGCACUUAAU